UCAUUUUCCCCCAAACCCUCUCUAAAAACCCCGGAAUAAAAAUCAAAGACACAGCAGUAUAUAGGUGGAGAAACAAUAUCUAGGGUUUUAGCUUUUGUGAACUUUCUGAUUUUCGAGCGAGAAAUACAGAGAUAAAUCAUGUUUCCUGGAAUGUUUAUGCGGAAGCCGGACAAGGCGGAGGCUCUGAAGCAGCUUCGGAGCCACGUGGCGAUGUUCGGUGCUUGGGUUGCAUUGAUCCGAGUCACCCCCUAUAUUCUUCACUACCUCGCCGGUGAGAAAGAGGAACUCAAGCUCGAGCUCUAGAUCCGCUUCCUUUCCCAAUUGUCUUCUCGCUAGUGUGUUUGAAGGAGAGGAAUAGGCUUGGGAUGGAAAGCCAUUUGUGAGCUACUAUCUUGUUUUCGUUUCUUCUAUUUUUUUUUAUCUGGGAAUACUGUGAGGCCAGCGUGUCCUCCCAUUAGAUCAUGUCUUUAGGUCUAUCUAUCUAUCAGUUAAGGCUAAAACUCGGUUCAUGUUAUUUGAGGGAUAAAUAUUUCAUCGGAUGUACUUGUUAUUCGGUUGUAGCAGCAUAUUAAAUUUGACUUGCCAACAGGUAUGCUAUACUGUACUGUUUAAUCAAUGCUUAAAACAGGCUUCUGCCCCACCUGGGACCAGCUAUUUGGCUUC